GAGGAUGAAUUUCGAUCUUGGUCUUCAACACCUCGUCGUUAUCUCAGCAAUCAUCAUGUCGGUUAAAUGGAGCCUGACAAGCGUUGCAUCAGCCUCCCGCCCUGGGUCCAUCAGUAGACGCUGUUUCUCGGCUAUUCCCGCACGCUUAGGGGGCCAGUCCCCUGCAAAGCCCUCUCUAAACGUCCAGGUCGCAUCGGGCGGACCCCAAGCACCGUCCGAGUACUGUGCAUCCCUCGUCCGAAAGCUGGAUCCAGAAGCAUGGCUAUGUUCUUACUUUUGGCCUAGGCGUGAGCGGUCCUGGUGGCUAGCAUGGCGUGCCUUCAACAUCGAAUUACAUCUCAUCUCCACUACUGUCACUGUGCCUGGGCUGGCCGCCAUUCGGUAUCAGUUCUGGAGGGACACCCUAAGCGUCAUAUGGACUGGCAAAACCGCCCACGGUCAAGUCCUGGCUGUACCGCAACAUCCCAUUGCUAUCAUGCUAGAGCAGAUGAAGCGAUCGAGGCCGAUCCAGCGGUAUUAUCUCAGUCAGAUGAUCGAUGUCAGGGAGAAGAUUCAGGAUCAAGCUGCUAGCUCCUCAUCGCUGGAAUCUCAUCUUGCGACACAUGGCCCACUUCAAUCAUCCCUCCUGCUCGGGAGUCUACCCCUGCUAAUCCCUCCAAAUGAUCCCAAAACUUCUGAAUUGACACAUACGCUCUCUCACCUCUCCAAUCUCUUAACGACAGCAUCUCUCAUUCGAAACUUGCCCGUUCUCGUCAAGUCAAAACGGGAAAUUAAUCUUCCCAGAGAUAUAUGUGCGAAACACAGUAUUGUGGAUGAGGAAGUCAUCCGACAAGCAGGCAACGCAAAAGGCCUCAAAGAUGCAUGCUAUGAGAUCGGGACUAGAGGCAUGGACGAGUUGAUCACGGCCAGGAGGGAUCUGAAGAGUAGUGGUGGCAAAAUCGAGCCGACAGCAGCCUUCCCAGUAUUCCUCGCAUCGGUACCUGCUGAGAGGUAUCUUAAGCGACUGGAGAAAGUCGACUUCAAUCCCUUUCAUCGUUCUCUUGAGAGGCAUGACUGGCAACUCGCCCCUCGUAUCUGGUGGACAGCACAGACGGGCAAAAUAUAGUCUAAGCCAAUGGGACUGACUACCCAUCAAUCAAUAUGCAUAGACUCAGGCGAAUUCAAAACUGCAGGGCAUUCAAUCCAAACGGGAUCGGUUUCGUUCAUUGAUGUCC